UGGGGUCUCCUUUGAAAGCUGACAACCUGCAUUGUCACCCAGUGCAGUCAGAAUUACUCUAGGUGCUACUGGCACAGAGUUAUUUAUGUUGGAACACACUGAAUUAGGAGGAAUUUUAUUCACGCCUAAAUUUUUUCCCUAAUAAAACACCUGAAAAUUAGUGUGGCAGCACUGUGAGAGCUUGAAACACAACAAGGCAACAGCCUGGGGUCUUACAUAGUUCAGGACAAAAUUUCAGAGCAAAACUACAAGAAAUGAGUGUUUCACACAUGUUUUUGUACUAAUAUGCCCAAUUAUGUCAAUUUUGGACACCCUAUGUACACCCUGUGAAAAAAUGGUAUAUGGUCGUUUAUUAGCCCUUUUUCACACUAUUUUCACUCCAAAAACUCAUAAAGAACUAAAAAAAAUCACUUCAGAUAAGCUUCAGUGUGGAUCUUGAUCUGAAUCAGAGGCUCAGACGGAGACAGAGAAAAGCAGCUGCAGCAGGAGAGCCGGAGGUGUGAAAAAUCACACAGAGCCGCUAAAACCCGCCUCUCGGCUAUUCAGCAAGCUCAUUGGCUACAUGCCCUGUCAGUCAAACGUUUCCUCCGGCGUCAUUUUGCUCAGAAUUUACUGAAUAGAUGUGAGUCACCAGAUCCAUCGGUCUCGGCAACGGCUGGCUGUUCCGGGUUCGGAGGCAGCGAUGAGUCACUUGAUUGGUUGAAAUGCGGUUGGGAUCGAAAGCAGAGGGUUCAGUCGCCAUUUUCUGACCGAGAUCGUGAGGAUAACAGAAAGCUUCAUAAAAUUAUGGAUAAAAACGCAGUGAAUUAUGGAACGCGCAGCGCCACCAUGCGCCACGUGGACGCGCACGGACCCGAGCUAUUUGUGGAUUAUUUACUUAUUUCUAGACAUGUUUUGGAGAAAAUAUGAUACUUGCUAGUAUUGUCUGGAUGACUACUCUUGGAUUAUGGCCGGUUUUUGUGGAUUAUUUUCAUCGUUGACCGGUAAAAGACCAUCGAAACAUGCAUCACUCUAUAUUUCAACUGACUGAAGGGCAUGACGUGCAGCACUGUACAACUGGCUGCAAGCUCGACUAUGUGCUGGAUACUGAGGGGCCACAGACAGAGCUAAUUUUGAAAACAGGGAAGAGUUGCCUGACACGUGGUGACUUCAGGACCCUUGGCUUGACUCUGGAGAUGGAAUCAACUAUAGGAAAUGCAUGUUUUGAGCUCAUUGAAAAAAUUGCUCAAUCAAAGGGGAAGUACAUUUUUGUGGCCGAUUUGUAUGUUGUACCGACAUGGCGACAGCCAACGGCAUGCAACCCGCUCUCAAGUUUCCCUUUAAGUAUAACUACUGGAUUUAAUGAAGAAUGUAGUUUGGUUUGCUUUUUUGUAUCUUUUAAUCUUUUCUUUGUUAUUAGAGAGACCUUCACAUUAGGGACUCCAUUGUUAUCCCUGUGUGGAAAAGCGGACAUUUCCUGUUGUCUAAACCUUUCCCAGUCCAUACAUCCUGGACCGUGGAAAGAGACGAUUGGUUUGGACAUACAGGGUUUUCCGAGGCAGCUGUACGGGAAUGACUGUGGCAUCUUCAUGUUGAUGUAUGCCCUAUACACCGUACUAAAUGCUCCUUUUGAUUUCACUGUGAUGGACAUGCCAUCUUUACGGAAGUGGUGGUGUGUCAUGCUGAUGGAGAAUUUUGACCUUGGAAGCCAUGGCAAAAUGUUUGCCCACUGGACAGACAAUUCAAAGGCCCUCCUGUGAGGUGAGGUGCAACCAGUGUUCAACCUGAAGAAGUGGAAGAUGGAUGACAUCACUGAGGUCAGAUUUUGAGUUAGCUUUAGAGUAUGAGCUGUUUUGCAAGGAAGAAUGGGCAAGAAUUUCAGUCUCUCAAUGUGCAAAACUGAUAGAGACAUACUCCAAGCGACUUGCAGCUGUAAUUGCAGCAAAAGGUGGCGCUACAAAGUAUUAAUGCAAGGGGGCCGAAUAAUAUUGCACACCCCACUUUUCAGGUUUUUAUUUGUUAAAAAAGUAUAAAAUAUCCAAUAAAUUUCAUUCCACUUCACGAUUGUGUCCCACUUGUUGAUUCUUGACAAAAAAUUACAAUUUUAUAUCUUUAUGUUUGAAGCCUGAAAUGUGGCGAAAGGUUGAAAAGUUCAAGGGGGCCGAAUACUUUCACAAGGCACUGUAUGCCAUGCUGUUAAAGCCAGAGGAGGUUACAUUGCAGAAAGCAAAGCCAAGCAAAAAUAAACUAAAAUACCUGAUAAAUAACUUAAAACUAAACCUUUUUUGUACAAAUUUGAUACUGCUUCCAAACCUUUGGCCUGGGGCCUGUUUCACGAAGCAGGUUCAUUGAAAACUCUGAGUUUGUUAACCCUGAAAUGAGGGAAACUCAGAGUUUUCCAUUUCACGAAGCGAGGUAACUUUACCCUGAGACAGAGGGGUAACUCGAGCCUGUUUCACAAAGAGGGGUAACUUAAACUCUCGGUCAGUUACCGCCGUAACAGACUAUGACUUGAACCUGGUCGCCAGCAGGUUUAUCUGAGAAAACCUCGAGUUUCUCUCCGUCUCCGCCCUCUUUCAGGCACACACACUGUUUCAUUUCCUCAUUCAGUCCAUCAGUAAGCGAGCGAGUUUUGGCGUAGAACAGCUUUUAUUAACGAUCCAGUGGAUAAAGGAGCAGCAUUACUGCACAGAUAAUUAAAUAUUCGUCUGUAGAUUAUCAGACCGAGCAUAAAUGUUCUCGCAUUUCCGGACAAUUAUCUGUUUGAGCGGUACCGUUUCGUAAUCAUUUCAAGUCCAUAAUCUACAUAAACAACCUAAUCCAUCCUUACAUUUACAUUACCAACCAGUCAUGCUCUCACAUCCAGCAGAUAUUGUGUGUUGCGCUGCGGUUCUUUGCAAAUGGAAGUUUUUAUAUGAUGUCGGAGAUGCAGAGUAAGGCAACCGUAUGGAGGACAGUCAGAAAAGUGUUCCUGGCCCUGAAACGACUUUAACUCAUCAUUGUGGUUUUCCUGGACAUAAACCUGUCAGAGCAUCAAGGAGGAGUUCCACAGGAUUGCUGGUGAAUGAUGUAGAGAUCUGUUAAAUUCAUUUUAAAUCAUAUUCUGUUAAUGACAUUGUGCUGCAACCUCAGACUGGGAUUAGUCAUUUUAAUUUCUUUUAGGAUUUCCCAGUGUGAUUGGCUGCAUAGAUGCACACACAUCCCCAUCACAGCUCCCUCACAUCAUGAAUAGGAAGUCCAUUCACAGCAUAAAUGUGCAGGUAGGCUACAGGUAGACUGACUACUGUUUCUAAAUGUUAAAGACUGCAUCAUAGUUCAACAUCUGUCAUUCUGCACUGUCCAGAUCAGAUGUGAUGCUGCAUACAUCAUUUCUAAUGUGGAGGCCACGUGGUCUGGGUCUGUUCAUGACUCCAGGAUUUAUGGAGAGUCUAACCUGAGCAACAGACUGCAGCCUAAAGAUUUUCACAAUAGAAUUCUCUUGUCUCCCUCCUUUAAUAUACUCUGAUGUAUCCACUAUACAUUACAGGAGAGUUUGAUGGCCUUCUGCUGGGUGACAGGGGUUACCAUGCCAACCCAGGCUGAUGACCUCAUACCCUGACCCUGAACCAGGCCCCCAACAGAACUUCAACUGGACUCACUGCAGGACCAGAGCCCGGGUGGAGAUGACCAUAGGCCUGCUGAAAGCCCGUUUCCAGAGCCUACGUCUCCUCAGGGUGACCCCUAAGAGGGCCUGUGAUAUUACUGUGGCAUGUGUUGUUCUUCAUAAUAUUACCACUAUUAGAGGAGAGCAACACCCUGCCCUACAAACUGAAGACCCAGAUGAUGAGCCCAUCCACCUGCAGCUAUCCAGGACAGCAGAGCAGUCAGAGACACCGUAUGCAAUAAUCACUUUAGAGUUUAAGUCACCAUCAUCACCACCACAGCAAAUAAAGACGGAAUGCACAUUG